AACAAUACAAAGUGCAAAGAAUUUUCCAAAGCUUGUAGUAUUCAUUUUCAAUUUCAUCAACUUUUAAUCAACUGUUUUUUUUUUUUCCUAUGGAUUAUUUUGGGUUGCUGCCAGAAGGUGUUUUAUCAGAAAUACUGUCCUUAACUUCACCGAAAGAUACUGUCAGGUUAUCUGUUUGCUCCUUAGCAUUCAAGUAUGCUGCUCAAUCCGACGUUGUUUGGGAGAAAUUCUUGCCAUCUGAUUAUCAACAUAUUAUUUCUAAAUCAAACUCUUUAUUGAGUUAUACUUCGAAGAAAGAACUUUACUUUAGUCUUUGUGAUUCACCAAUUCUCACACAUGGAAGCAAACUGAGUUUUUCAUUGGAUAAGAAGACUGGGAAGAAAUGUUUUAUGGUGGCAGCAAGGGAACUUGCUAUAUCAUGGGGUGAUACACCACAUUAUUGGGAAUGGUCAUCUCACCCAGACUCCAGAUUCUCAGAAGUGGCUAAUCUUCGGUUCGUUUGUUGGCUUGAUAUGCGAGGCAAGAUUGAAACUCGAUUACUAUCAAAAAGAACAAGAUAUGUUGUUUAUCUAGUGUUCAAACUGGCAGACGGAUUUUAUGGCCUUGAAACUGCUAAUGCAUUUGUAAGAUUUGUUGAUUGCGAGAGUGACAAUGAAGCUGAGCGACGAGCUAAUGUUGUUAGUCUUUCAAGACGAGAAGGACCUAGUGAGAAGCGAUCCAAGAGAAGAGUUGAUGGAUGGAUGGAAAUAGAAAUGGGAAAUUUCUUCAAUGAUGCAGGAGAGGAUGGAGAUGUUGAAGCGAGAUUGAUGGAGAUUAGACGUCUCUUUGCGAAAGGUGGCCUCAUUGUUCAAGGAAUGGAGUUCCGACCAGAAUGAAGAAGAGAAGAAUCCUUUUACCAUGCCUUGCCAAGAUUCCUUCUUUUCUGGAUUGCUUCUGAAUAUGGCCCUUUUCACCAAAUGGUCGAACUCGAGUUAUCCAUAUAGUAUAUUCACUAUUUUAAUGUAUGAUUCAAGAGUGAGUUGAUUCUCUUCUUGAGCAGAGGGUCUAUCGGAAAUAGCCUCCCUAUCUUGUGGGGUUACACUCUACCCUCCCCAAACCCCACAUGGUGGGAUUAUACUGGGUAUGUUGUUGUUGUUGAUCUUACUCAAACCUCAUUUGCUUAUUAAAAUUGUAAAUGAAAUAUGAUACCUGUUUUAUA